AUGCCCACUACGCCCCUUCGCACAGCUCUAAUUGGCCUGUCAUCCUCCGCCAUCACCUCCUGGGCGGCCGAUGCCCAUCUGCCAGCACUCCAGAGCACCGCCGGUCGCUCUCACUACCAGAUCACGGCUCUUUGCAACAGCAGUGUGGCCGCUGCAGAAUCCGCCAUCCGCACCUACCAGCUGGACCCGGCCACCGUCAAAGCCUAUGGCAACCCGGACGAGCUGGCUGCCGAUCCCACCAUCGACCUCGUCAUCUGCAAUACUCGCGUCGACAAGCAUUUUGAGACGGUGCUAGCCAGUAUUCGCGCCGGCAAGUCCGUCUAUAUUGAGUGGCCCAUUGCCAGCUCGCUGACCCAUGUCGACGAGCUGCUCGCCGUGGCGGGUGCCAGUGGGGCGUCGGUGGCCGUGGGCCUCCAGGGCCGCUUUGCCCCCGCCGUGCUCAAAGUCAAGGAGAUCUUGCGCUCCGGCCAGCUGGGCCGUCUGCUGAGUACGGAGGUCCGCGGGUUUGGCGGUACCCUCGAUCGAGAGUUUUUGCCUCCGGGCCUGAAGUAUUUCUCGCAGAAGGAGGUCGGCGGCAAUCCUAUCGUCAUUGGUUUUGGCCAUAUGAUUGAUUAUGUCCAAUCCGUCGUAGGAGAUGUAGUUGCUGGCACCGAUGAAGCGCGUACUCAGAUCCAGCGGCCCCGCAUCCGCAUUCGUGAUCCCCAGACGCAGAAGAUCGUGGAAGAGGUUGACUCGGAUGUGCCAGAUCUAAUCAGUGUGCAUGGGUCCCUGCCAGAAUCUCCUUAUACAGUUCCCGGGGCCAGCCUAGUGGCAUACUUUGCGCGAGGUCAACCUUUCCCGGGAGACCCGUCGCUCUCGUGGACGCUGAACUGUGAAGCGGGAGCCAUUCGCUUGUCGGCGCCCGCGGGGAUUUCGCUGCAGGCGGAUGCGUACCAGAACCCGGCGACCAUUUCGAUCCACCAAUAUGCCACGGACACGGUGGAAGCGGUGGAAUGGACGUGGUCAGAGGAGCAGUUGGAAGUGCCGGUCAAGGCCCGCUCUGUUCAACGGACCCUGAUCGAGUUUGCCAAGGGCAACCGCGAAGGUUAUGUCUCGUUGGAAGACGCGGCUGGUCGGGCCAGGCAACUGGCUCGGUGGCUGGAUGCUUCUGGAGUUGGCAACUGA